CAGAACUCCCGCCCUCCCGUUUCGUCCUCUGCCUUUAAAGGGGAUCCUUUCUGUCAAACUGGCAGGUUUAAAAUUUUGGGAGGGAAAAAAAAAUGAGCUGGACUAAUCCCACCAGGCGAGGCAAAAAGAGGGGGUUGGUGUGUGGCCUCUGACAGGGCCCCAUAUAUAUAAAGAGAAAAGGGGAUCAUAAAUAGGGCAGAAAUUUGUAUCCUCUGUGAUGGUUUACUUUGGAAUGGGGCAUAUUCUGGCCUUUGUCUUUAACCUGAACCCUGAGUCUCAUGAGGGGGCUAAAUACACCAAAACCUAAGUACUGGAUUUGGUUAUAUGCAUAGAUUACAGAAUUGUCUGUAAUCAAUUCUGAAAUGUGCUGUCCUUCCUGGUUCCCUUGCCAAUAUCCCUUAAAUAAUAAAAUAAAGCUUUGUAACUAUCUUUAUGGCUCCCCAGUUUUCUUUUAAUACCCAGAUUUCUUUUAUAAUCCAUGCUGAUUAAUAAGGUAUGGUACCUUUUUCACCCAAAGCACAUGUCUUUAAAUAGCUCUUGCCAUGCAGCAGUUGUGCAAUUCAGGCGGUUUCAAAAAUGGUUCUGAAACUGACAGACGUCAUUGUCUCAUAAAUAGGAAGGUGCUAUAGCUAGGUUAGAACCAAAUAGCAUAUCCUGGGUGGUAGCUGCAUUAUACUAUCCAUAAAUAAUACCUGCAAUUGAUCCUUUUUCAAAUUCACUGAAUGAUAUCCUAAAUGUGUAGAACCUAUUAAAUGCCUCUGGAAUGGCUUCCAUUAGCAGAUUGGGGUAAGGUCAUUUUUCUUCCCUAUAUCCAUCCCUUGUGUAACUUCCACAUCUACACAACCCUGGGAACAGAAGGGAGAGAAAAUUAUGUGAAUGGAAGUUAUUCGUGCUUAGUUGGACUCUGCCAAAUCCAGCUACAUGGAAAAGGAUAUCUAAAUUGCAUUGCUAGCUUCCUUGAGAAGAGUUCUUGUAUUUUGGGGUAAAAGAAAAUAGUCUAGUAGCCUUUACUGAAACAGAGUUUUCAGUCCAAGAACAGUUGGAAAAGGUUAAACAAAGCUAGUGCCAUGUGUUCUGAUUAAAAAAGUAGAUCAAAGACUAUUCAAUCUUGCCCAUACAGGAAAACCACUGUUACAGAGUCUGAAAAAUGGCUGACCAAAUUCAGAGUCCAAAGGAGAUGAGAUUUGCUAACACCUUGCCAAUGCAGGAAAACCACUGCUACAGAAUGGGCAGGAAAACUCACAGUCCUUAAGGAACAUUUGAAAAACUACCCUAACCACUGAAAAUGAAACGUGAUUUUAAUUAUACCCAUGUUUACUGUGGAACUUCACCAUUAAAACUAACUGGAACAGAAGCAACACCAGAAGAGCCUUGCUCCGAGAGUUACAGUGAAAAAUGCAAAGGCUGUACCAAAGAAAAGCUGUUCUAUGGUGACCUGCAUCAUGGAAGUCCCAAGAGUUUUAACCUCAAAAGUGGAGAAAAGCUUAUGCAUAAUAAAGAAAACCAAAAAGUAUCAUGGGGGCAUAUUGAGAGUGCCAAUGAAAUUGACAAUGAAAACGAAGACAGUGGAUAUUCAUCUUUGUUGGGUAUUCAGCAAAAACCCAAUGAUAAUGAUGACAGUGUGCUAUUGGCAGGGAAUAUCGACAAUUUACCAAAUCAUAGUUUCAGUCCAAGAAAGAAUUUACUACCAGUCCUCCAUUUUGAAGAACUUGUCUGCUCAACUUUGAAAAAAGCUAGCAAGCAGAAUCCAAAGUCAUGGGCCUUUGUCUUAGAAAAAAUGGCUUCAGGGAAAAUGGAAUUUGUGAAUCUGAUUGGCAAAAAAAUAGGAUUAGAUAAACUAGAUAUUCUUGGAGAAUUAUUUCAUGGAAAAUUCAGACACCUGAUAGCAAACAUCUUAAUACAUCUUAACCAUACAGACUUGAUAAACAUGGCUAAAGUUAGCAUUACAUGGAAGAAAAUUCUUCUUAGUGACAAGUGGGCUUUCCAGAUGUAUAACAAAGCACUAAAACUCAGUUUGAAUAGCAACACAGUAGCUGCAAAACAAUCUGAUACAAGGGCAUAUGCUCUGCAUCGUGAACCAUUAACAUAUAUUCAGAAAGUAGCAUCUUCUAAAAAAACAUCCCGAAUGAAAGCAAACACUCAGAAUAAUCAGGCCUCUUCUUUCAGCCGGCAUUCACAAUUUUCUGAGGUUGCAAAGACUUUGAAAAAUACUGAAAGUCUGAAAGUUUGCCGUCGGUGUGGUUCUCCUGCAAAAUAUGAUUCCUAUGUGCAAAGAGCAAUGUGUGUCCGAGAAAGCUGUGGUUUUGACUUUUGCACAAAGUGCUUGGGCAGCUUUCAUGGUUCCAAGGAUUGCAUCAUUGGAAAGCCUGGAAAAACAUCUUUCAGACUAGAACCUCUUCCUUGUAGCAAAAAAAGCAAACAGAAUUUACGGAGGCUAUAAUUUUCCUGACAUAAAUUCUAGCUAGAGUAUCGUAUUUUGCUUGUAGGUUCAGAAGAGGAGUGAAUGUGAAAGUUGUGGUUGUCUAAUUUAAAAAAUGCCGUGAUUUUAAAAAAAAUCAAUUUUAAAUAUUUUUUUCAGAUGUCUUCCUCUCGCCUUUUUAGAAGAAUGUUCAAAAUUUUUAAACUACUUCUAGGUUUACAUGGGAAUUGUACAUGGCAACCUUGACUAAACAAAUAGACUGACUGGAUUUUUAUUAAGUUGGGGGUAGUAACAUUUAUUUUUAAAAGUUGCUUGUUAUAUGGCCUCUAACUUCGUGCCUUUAUAAAAAGCCUUUCAGAGUUUUUACAGUACAAUCUAUAAUAAGCAAAUGAUUUGCAAUGCCAAAUUUUAAUUAACUGAAUUUCAUCUGAUUAAAACAUUAAAUAUAUAAAUAGGAGAAGUUUUUAUAACCACACUUGUCCUGAUAGCUGCUGAAACUUAUUGUUGUCCUGUCCCAUUUCAUCUUCAUUACUAGGUAAAGAUGCCUAGAAAUGUAUAUAGUUGUAAAUACUUAAAUAUUUGUCUGUCAAUAUGAAAAAUAAAAAUUAUCUUUAUAAAUAAAACCA